ACAUACGACUACACAACAAUCCACACCCUAAUCAACACCUGCCCAAUCCUGCACCUCUCCUUCACCGACCCCUCCCACCCCUUCCCCGUCCUCCUCCCCAUGAUAGGCAGCACAGGAAACUUCUCCACCCCCGACGCCGACCCCGCAACAACGAGCAUGGACAUCUACCUGCACGGGUACGUCAGCGGACGUGUUUUUAAAUCCGCCUCCACCUCGGACAGCGAGGCACAAGGCCUCCCCGUAUCCCUCGCCGCCACCUUCCUAGACGGCCUCGUCCUCGCCCUCUCCCCCUUCCACAACUCCUGCAACUACCGCAGCGCAAUUGUGUACGGACACGCCGUGCUCGUCACCGACGAAGCCGAGGCGCUAUACGCCUUACAUUGCAUAACGAACGCGAUGCUCCCGCAGCGCUGGGAGGACUCGAGACAGCCGCCCACCAAGGCGGAGAUGGCGUCUACGUCUGUGUUGCGGGUGAGGGUGCAGACGGCUAGUGCGAAGGUAAGGGCGGGGGGGCCGAGUGAGGAUCGGGUGGAUGCGGCGGAUGGGGGGUUGAGGGAGAGGGUUUGGACGGGGGUUGUGCCGUAUUGGGGGACUUGGGGGGAGGGGGUGGGGGCGCAGGGGUGUGAGAGGGAGGUUCCUGAGAGUGUGGAGGCGUGGAGGGUGGGGGAGAAUGGACGGGCGAGGGUUGGGGCGUUUGAGGCGGCUAUGCAGUAG